CUCAUUUAUCGCUACGGUGUGUGGUCUCAACCUCGCUUGUUAUGUAGUAGUGGCCUAGUUGGAGAGGUGGCUAACAACGGCAAGCAUGCUACGGUUUUCAAUUUAGUGAUUUUCUUCAGAUAGCUGAGAUACAAAAUCUGCAAAUAUGGGGAAAAGGGAUAAUAGAGUGUCUUAUGUGAACCCUAUAGCGGCAGCACGGGCCAAGGGACCCGCACCCAACGCUGGGCCGUCUAUUCAGGAUUAUCUUAGCAGACCACGGCCCACAUGGGAAGAGGUGAAGGAGAUAAUCGAGAAGAAGAAGAAAGGCUCUAGAGCACUCGCAGACUUUGAGGAUCAAAUGAACGAGAAUUGGAAGAAGGAGCUGGCUAAAAACAGAGAGAAACUGCUAGCUGGAGGUGACAAAGACAAAGAGAAAGAGGAGAAGGAGAAGAAAGACAAGGAGAAGAGGGAGAAGGAGAAGAAGGACAAGGAGAAGAAGGAGAAGAGAGAGAAAAAGAAGAGAGAGCGCGAAAAGAAGGAAAAGGGAAAGAAGUCCAACAGGCAUUCCUCAUCUUCCUCCUCUUCAUCGAGUUCUGAUUCCUCCAGCAGCUCUUCAUCCGACUCUGAAGACGAGAAUGAAAAGAAGAGUGUCAAAAAGAAACGGAGAAAGAAGCGUGCGUCCUUCAAGAAAGCAUCAGAUGACUCCACUGUAGAAUCGGAGCCUGACAACAAGGUCUCCUUCCCUCUCAUUAUGUUUCUCUCCAAGAAGACGAAGAUGGAGAUGGAGACGAAGAAGAAGAAAUAUGAGGAAAAAGAGAAGGAGGAAAAGAGCCACAGGAGAAAGAGGAAAACCGAGCGAAGUCACAAGGACUCCUCAUCAGAGACGUCUGCUGAAUCUGAAUUGGAAGAAGGUGGCGAACCCAGGAAGAAAAAGAGAAGUAGCGAGGAGAAGGACCGGGAGAAAAUAACCACAGACAAAUCAAAGAAGAAGAGGAAACGAAAGCACAAGAAACACGGGAGGAAGAAGAAGAGGAAGACCUCAUCUGAUAUCGAGUCUGACUAAAGUGUAGUGUUUGGUUCUUUGUCUAACCAAUAGAGAGUUUCUGCCUUUCGACUACCAAAAACAUUUCAUCCAGCUAGACCCCCAUGUCGGGGCUGGCUGUUGACUCUGGGAAAAGCCUCCUGCUCAUAGUAAUUAAGACAGUUGGGGAUUUGUAAAGUAAUCUAAGGGCUGGGAGUUGCAGAUCAUCCAACCCUCUCAGUGACAAUGUUGCAUUGUUUUUUUUUUAGCAGAUAGAAUAAUCGACCCAUAUAGAGGUUAACAGUGAAACACCUUAAAUCGUGUCAAGUGUGACUGAACUGAAAAAUGUCCAUAUACGAAACACGAACAAACUUUCAUAGAUGGAUACUGAUCAACAGUAUCUAUUACCCCUGGUAUGCAGGCCUUUGUCUGUUUUAUACCUCUGGGUGGGGGUGGGUGGGGGUGUUUUUUGUAAUACUGCGUCGCUAGCUACAGUGAGGUCAUUUUGUGACUUUGUUAUGCUAGUGCCUAUGUCACAAUGCAUGUGAUCUGAUGUGAUGGCCACUUCUUUUUCCAGCCUCAUAUUGAAGUUGGUAUUGUUAAAAUGAGUUAUAUUGUCCUUUACACGAGGGGCUAAACUGUUCAGUUAUCUUAAAUGAGUUAGUUCUACAUUGAAUAGGUUCUACUCAUGAAUUAUAUCUAUAAAUGAAUGGGAUUUUAUUAUUAAAGUGUUCUUGUUUUAGCCUUGA